UACUUUACUCCCAUACGCAAAAUUCCUUUUUAUCCUGUAAUCUCUUUCAAUCAUCAAAAGAAGUUUGGCAUUAAUCUGCCAUUUUUUGAACCCUUGUGGCGUUUUGAACCAUCUCUAUCGUUGGCCACAGCUAUGGAGCUUUUUCAGGAGCUAGUGUUUACGAUCUCUUUAUCUCUCAUAGUUUCUUUGUUAGUCGUGAAGCUAUUUUCAAUGGCAUCCGGUGGUGAUGAUGGGAAUUCAACGGUAUCGAAAAGGGUUGAAGAAAAGAUAGAGAAAGAAUGGGUUGUUUGUGAUUCUGAAAAAGAGGAAAAAGCUGGGUACUUUGAAGAUGCGGUGGAAGUUAGUAAAGAUGUUGUUUGUGGAGGAUAUGUUGAAGCUGAAUUAGGAAGUGGGUGUGUGAUGGAAGACACAAAAAGUGUCGGUGAAGUUGGUGCGAGUUAUGUGUUUGAUGAAAGUCCUGAAAGAACCGACUUUAAAGAUGCUUCUGUUGGUUUGGUGAAAAGUGGUGAGGUUAAUGUCUCGGGAUCAUCAAUACAAGAAGAUUGUAUGAAGUCCAUUGUAUUGCAACAGGAAUCAAUCGCCGUUGAUGGUGGGGAUGACGGUGGUGAAGUGAAGAUCGAGGAGGGAGAUGGGAUUUUGUACGAUGAUUGGCAGGGGAUUGAGACCACGGAGUUGGAGAAGGAUUUUGGUGCUGCGGUGGCGUUUAUGGGAUCUAAAAUCAGUGCUGAUCGGGUAAGUUUGAUUGACAAUGAGGUAAAGUUGCAGUUUUAUGGGCUUCAUAAAGUCGCACUUGAAGGGCCUUGCUUUGAGUCGCAACCGAUGGCUCUCAAGAUCUCUGCUCGUGACAACUGGAAUGCUUGGAAACGUCUAGAAAAUUUAGGACGAGAUGAAGCAAUGGCGCAAUAUAUUGCUCUUCUUUCUCGACAUGUUCCUGAUUGGAUGGGAAAUCAUGCUUCAGAAGAUGAUAUGCAAGAUUUUAUAGCUACCAGAAUAUCUGGAAAACUUCAUUCGGAUGAAGAAACACCAAUUGGAGCUGAAAGUGAGAGAACAUUGGAGCAAAUGAAUCCAUGCAUUGAUCUCAUGGCUGUUGAAGGUUCAACCAUCAUAAUAGGGUUGGUACACUUAGUCAUUUGUGAGAGGAAGUUCACAAGUUCAAAUGCGCAAAGUAAAGUUGUAUGAAUCUUCUUUCCCUAGCCCCCACAAAUCCAAGAAGCGAAGAGCCAACCUUGAGAGCCAGCUCAACUGGCUAAUAAAGACUAGGCUUUGAGGUUUCUCCUUCAUAGGUCGCUAGUCAGGUCUCUUCAAUUCCACUGGGGAUUUUCCUGACUGUUAUCUUCAGGGCCCAUGAGAUUAGUCGGUGUGUACAAGCUGGCUAGGACACAUACAGUUACCAAAAGAUUAAAAAUAAAUCCAAGGAGCCUUGAUGCACUAUGUUCAGUGUUUAGCUUCCCGUGUUCUACAGUAACUUCAUAUCCUUUGAGAGUCUGACAUCAACUAAACUUGGACCAUUUCUCCUCAAUAUAUGUUGAUCCUAUUUUCUUUCCUUAAAAAGGCUCUUUUUGAGGAUAAUUAAUGGCCUAAUGGGGGGUUUCAAAUAUUCUCUGUCACUCUAGGGAAUCGACACUCUGUACACGUCUAGCUCCCCAUCAGUACUCUGGGACAAUCUGCACACGUCUAACCUUUGUUGGAGGGGGCAUUUUGGUGUCCCACAUCAGCUAGACUUUGACGAUUUCUCCUCCAUAUAUGUUCAAACCUCCCUUCUCUACUUAUUACUCUUUGAAGAAUAAUCUAACGGGGUUUCACAUAUUCUCUCACCUAGAUUGUAGUAUUAGUGUUUCUAACAUUUCGUAUUUUUG